GCCUUUCAUAUUAUCACGUACUACGAUCUACGCACAUACGUUGGUAUCUACGGCGAUCCUCCAAGUACCGCAUUGCUGACAGCAGGUCAAAUGCUCACCUCGAUAAUGAAAUGACGAGUUCCGGGACACGACUCCAGGCAGCACUCGAGGCUCAGAAUAGGGAUGUUCGGCGUUCGCGAGACUGCUAGUAAGAGGCACUAAUGGUCAGUUAUCUGAGAAGCAAGUAGAAUGAGAAUGCCUCUCCUUAUUAUCAGCUCCUGAUGAUGUGUCACCAACCAAGACAAUACAAGUGAUACAUCACUGACCUGCAGAAUGGCGACAACGACUCUGUGGGAUCCGGUGGGUCGUGUGUACGUGUCAUCCGUUGUGCACGGUCGCGAGCUCUUGGCACCUCACUACCACCCCAAAACGCACGGCGUACCUGUCGCACUCAUCCACUUCUACCCAACCUCCGCAGACGACGUACUGUGUAUCCACCGAUAGCACUCCGGUGAUUCACGCAGAAAGCAUUGGCACAAUGCUACAGCACGACUACGCCCAGCUGGGGGACGGCAAUCGGUCCAUUACUACUGUGUUCGCGGUGGCUCAGCGCAAUCUUGAUUUCGACUCGAGGUUGCUUGUGCGAAAAGUUCUAAGAGAGCUUCUUCCGUGACGCGCCGUCACAGCCCAAAAAUAAGAGGCUGAUUUCAGGUUGCCGCCAGGGUGAUGGAGCUGGCA